CGCGGGAGACACAAUACCAAUCUCAUCCAAUUCACUCUCCGUCUUCGUCUUUUUUAGCGUAUCGCUCAGCGGAGACGCCAGUGGUGGGAGGCAGUCCGCGUCCUCCUCAUCAUCGAUGAGGCGUGAGCGUUUGCGGUUCAGGUUCAGCGCUACAUGCAUGAUCCAGGGCUCCGAGGAAGGGGCCACCAUUUGCCAGGCAGCCAGCGCGCGUCGUGAAAGCGUGUGUGAGGGGGUGUGAAAGGCCGUGUCGUGUUCAGACACUUGAGUGAUUCAGCAGGAUACCGUCUCUUGUUGAACACCCCCGCCCGCCUGACUUUUCCAAAAGCCUUUCUAUAACGGCUCACAAAGCGUCAAAGCUCCUUCCUCUUCAAGUUUCUAGGUGGCUAGGCUCUGGAACCCGGAACGUACGAUACCCCGCCCUAGUUUACCCCGCCCUUGCUUGCCUUCCAAGGUACCGCCUAACGCCAACCUGCAACUCCAGCUCCUCUGCGUCCCAUGAGCAGCUCUCGCGACCUUUCGAGCCGCCUGCGCCAGAAUGUCUGGGAUGGGACUAUUCCGCUCGAGAUCCGACUUCAUUCAGGGGACUGCCGCACCUACGAUGACUCAGAUCCGUAUUUGAUCCAGUUCCCCCGACUUUCCUAUCUCGGCCUCCUUCCCCCACGCCUCCACACCUUCUUCUCAAACAGCCUGAUAUAUCCUGACGUCUCGCCGGCCGAGGCCUGGUUGUCCUACGAGCAUGUCCCGUUGAAGUGGCACUAUCCUCUCGGCCUGCUGUACGAUUUGUAUUCUGGGACCGAACCCGCAUAUCCCGCCGCCGACGGGGAUGACGCGGAAAAGAAGGCAGAUGGGAGGAAUGUGGGGGACGACGUGAAUAUUCCCUGGAGGCUGACGGUGCAUUUCUCCGAAUACCCGGUUGAGCAUUUGGUCAAGCUUGAUGUGGAUGGCAAGCAUUUGCAUGAUUUGUUUAUUAAUAGUGUUAAGGAGGCCGACUUCGUCCGCAACGGCCACGGCCGCCCCGUCAUGAACCUCAGCAAAGAAGACUCGACCCAACUCUGGGAAUCCGUCAAGCAACACAGCUUCCCACUCUACAACCCCAUCAACCAGAAGCUUCUAAACCCACCGGGUGUCUCUCUCCGACAUCUACCCGUCAAACUGUACCUCCCGCACGCUACUUCUGAUAGCAACGACAAGGGUCAAGCGCCGGGGUCACUGCGGGUCGUGCAGCAGCCGAUUAACCCUGCACUUUCGUCGCGUCAGCCGCAAACAAUCGGCACUGCGCUGAACCAAAUCAUUCCGAGCCUGUUCCCCAGCAGACGGAGUCCGCUUCUGGCGCAGGCGGUGUUACAUGGAGCCGUGCUCCCCCUGGGCACAAGCGUCGAGGAGCUCGUGCGAACGACUGCGUACUUAGAUGGCUGGCUGCAUAUAGCGGUAGUUAUGAUGGCGUAAGGGUGUUCAUGGCUAGGAAAUAGCCUUCUGGGCUUGUAUUUUUACUAGUGAGCUUUUAACUGUUCGAAACACGUGACUUAUUUGCAUC